AUGGAAGGGCAGGUGGAUGUGGUCUGCUGUAAAUCAGUAGGAACUGAUCUGUCCAUGCUGGAUAUUGAGGAUUUCAUCACAGAAAUCUGUCGGCUGAAGAAAGAGGUGGCUUCACUGGAGGCAAAGCUGAGAGAAAGAGGAGACAAACUGAACAGAGAGGAUGUAGAGGAGGUGCGUGUGACUGAUUGGACAGAAGCUCAGGAUCAUGAAUCCUCUGAUAAAACCUCUGACUGUAACACUGGAGAACAGCAGAUGCUGCAGACGCCGCUGAAGAUGUGCUCCGUCAAACUGGUGGACUGCAGGAACCUGAUCGAGAGCAGAGGAGAAGAAACCACCGCAGAGGAAGAACAGAGCCAUAAUAAUAAAGAAGAGCAGGAUGAUUAUUGGAUUGAUGAUGAUAAAGAUAAUGGGAAUGAUGAUGAGAAUGAUGGUGAUGAUGGGACAGAAGCUCAGGAUUCAGUCUGGAGCGUCAGAGAUCAGAGAUCCAGAGACACACAGGACUCAGAUCUCAGCCUCACUUUACUCUGUUAUACUGAUGCUCAGGAUCAUGAAUCCACUGAUCAAACCUCUGACUGUAACGCUGGAGAACAGCAGAUGCUGCAGACGCCGCUGAAGAUGUGCUCCGUCAAACUGGUGGACUGCAGGAACCUGAUCGAGAGCAGAGGAGAAGAAACCACCGCAGAGAAAGAACAACAACACACUGAUGAGGAAGAGCAGGAUGAUGAAGAUGAGGAUAAUGAUGAUGAUGAUGAAGAUCAGAGUGAUGACGAUCGGAAUAAGGAUGAUAAAGAUCGGAAUAAGGAUGAUAAAGAUCGGAAUAAGGAUGAUGAGGAUCGGAAUAAGGAUGAAGAUCAGAAUGAGGAGGAUGAAGGUCAGAAUAAGGAUGAUGAGGAUCAGAGUAAGAAUGAUGAAGAUCAGAGUGAUGAUGAUAAUCAAAAUAAGGAUGAUGAAGAUCAGAAUGAUGAUGAUGACUUUGUUCCUUCAGAUGACAAUGCUGGUUCAUCUUCUGAUGAAGAAGCAGCCUCCACUUCCAAAGAGCGAUGGACAGUGAAGGACUGUGGAAAGACAUUCAGCAAACAGGGUCAUUUAGUGAGACAUAAGAAAAAACACACAGAACAGAAAGAAUUCACUUGCAAGAGAUGCAACAUCAGUUUUUCUACCUUCAAAGAGAAGAAACGUCAUUCAAAAAAGCACGAAGUGAAGAAGGAGUUUCGCUGCGAACAGUGUGGGAAGGACUUUUUCACCACUACUUAUAAUAUGAAAGUUCAUAUGAAAACACACGAGGAAAAGUCUUUCCAGUGCAACGAAUGUAACAAGUUUUUCCGCAGCAUUAGUAAUCUUUCUAUUCAUAAGAGGAUCCACACGGGUGAAAGGCCCUACAAGUGCCCUCAAUGCGAGAAGAGCUUCAGCCAGAGAACGCAUCUGAAGAACCAUCUACUCAUCCACACCAAUGAGAGACCGCAUCAUUGCCCUCACUGCGAGAAGAGCUACAACCUCAGAUCAGAUCUAAAGAAGCAUAUACUGAAGCACAGCAAUGAGAGGCCACAAAACCAUUUACUUACGCACAGCAAUGAGAGACCGCAUCAGUGCCCUCACUGCGAGAAGAACUUCAGUCUCAGAUCAGCUCUGGAAAAACAUCUACUCACGCACAGCAAUGAGAGGCCAUACCAGUGCAGUGAAUGUGGAAAAACCUAUAAAAACUCAACUUCUCUAAAGGCACAUCAAAAAAUACACUCUGACAAACCGUAUCAGUGUUCACACUGUGAGAAACGUUUCCAUCAUUCGACUCACUGAAAAACCCAUUAGCGGAUUCACACCGGAGAGAAACCGUACCUGUGCUCCGACUGCGGGAAGAGCUUUGCUAGUUCAUUUUCGUACAGGAUUCAUCGGAGAGUUCACACGGGAGAAAGACCGUAUCACUGUAGUGAUUGUGGGAAGAGUUUUUAUAAGCCAAGUGACUUAAAAAUACACCGGAGGACUCAUACAGGAGAAAAACCUUUUAAAUGCUCACAUUGUGACAAGACUUUUGCUCGAGCAAGUGCCAAGAAUGUCCAUGAGCGACAUCAUACAGGAGAGAAACCUUACCGCUGCUCCAUCUGCGGAGAAAGAUUCGCUUUUUUAUGGGGAUUUCAGACCCACAAGAAGAAACACGCUGCCCCAGAAUCAUAGUGAAGGAGUAGAAUCCUGGAGACACUGCAACCUUCAUACUAUAUAUAUUUGUUUCUUCUUGAAUAAUUAUUAAUCAAAGAUGCAUUAAUCCAUGUUAGAAAAUAAGUUGAAUAUGACUUUAGUCUGCCUUUCUACUCUCUAACAAGCUGCUCUCAUUGUGUGUCUGUAGUGAACCAUAUUUGAUUAAGAAUCAGGGCAGAGCCCGGCAACCUUGACGUACAGGUAAGUGUUCUCUGCGUAUGUUCGAGUGUUUGUCUUUGCAGCGAGACAGUCCUAAAGAGUAAACCAUCAUUUGCCAUCACCCUAAUGUCCAGGGUAUCCGAUAUAUGUCUCUGGAGAGACCUCUGAUCACUUGUCAUCAAAAUAGUCACUAGAAGAUAUGCUUCAAGUUUUACGUCCAUGUGCGAAGUUUAUCUAUGUUUCAGCCAACCAGAAUCUUACUUGGUUAUAUAUUGAUGUAAUUACUGACCUCUGUUAGAGUAUAAUUACUGGUGUUUCGAGCAUGUAAGCAGAGCAACCUACGAACUCCAUCGCGAGUAUUGUAGCCGACUUCUGCUGAUUAAACGGUGAACUGUUUUCUUUAAUUGAUUGUGUCUCUGACUCCUGAUCUUCCUUCAGCACACCUGGUCCCUUGUGUUUUAACUGUAAAUUCCUCUAGAAAAGCUUCAUAAUUAAUCAGUAAUUAGUUUUAAGUCGUGUUACUGGACCAUUAUUUUAUGGUUGUAAAAAAUCAGUGUAAUUGUGUAAUUUAACUGCGGUGUAAUGCAAUUAAAGAUGCAAGUUUGUUACUGUU